UAUAAUAUGCCCAUGGAACAGAAAACGCCCUGAUUUGCGCAGUCCAUAAAGACCCCGCACGCACACACGUAUUACACUUGGACUCUCACUCUCUCCCUCUUUCUCUCUCCGUUCUUCGGAAUUCAAUAACAGAAAAAAUAGUGGAAAAAAAGGAUCACAGACAGUACUAUAGAGAUCUCAUUUUUGUUUCUCAAAUUGCUAUAGAAGCGAGAGACAAUAUAUAUAUAUAUGUAUGGAGAAAGAAUUUUUGGAUUAUGUGUUGGUACCAACAGGCCUCCUUGUAAUGGUGUCUUACCACAUCUGGCUCUUGUAUCAGAUUCUCAGACACCCCACCACAACCAUCGUCGGCAUAAACGCCAUCAACCGCCGCUUCUGGGUUCGUGCUAUGAUGGAGGAUGUGUCCAAGAAUGGGGUUCUGGCAGUACAGACGCUGAGAAACAACAUAAUGGCAUCGACCCUUUUGGCGUCGACGGCGAUCAUGCUCAGCUCCGUCAUCGCCGUGCUGAUGACCAACGGCGGACACCAACGGUCGGCCGGGUUCGUCUACGGGACUCAGAGUGAGCUGGGGUCCUCCAUAAAGUUCUUCUCCAUACUGGUGUGCUUCUUGGUGGCAUUCUUGUUCGAUGUUCAAUCAAUCAGGUACUACAGCCAUGCAAGCAUACUCAUCAACGUGCCAUUCAAGAUGACGACUCCGCACAGCCACCACCUGACGGAUGAGUACGUGGGGAGGACGGUGAACAGAGGGAGUUAUUUCUGGUCUCUGGGCUUGAGAGCUUACUAUUUCUCUUUCCCUCUCUUUCUGUGGAUCUUCGGACCCAUACCCAUGUUCUUGUGUUGCAUUGUCCUGGUUUUCAUGCUUUAUUUUCUUGAUGUUACCUUUGAUUUUGGGAGAGUUGCUGGUGCUAAUUCCAGAGAUGAGAUCAAGGAUGAGGAGAUCGGCACUUAGGGUAUGUUUGGAUUGAGAGAUUUGAAGGGAUAACCAGAGAAAAGAAAAGAAAAGAAAAGAAAGGACGGCGUAAAUUGUGUUUGGGUAGGUUAAAAUAAGAGAAAAAAAAAAAUUGAGAAGACAGGAAGAGAAAAGAUAGUGUUUAAGUAGUAUUUUAAUAAUUUCGAAACUACCUUCAAAGGAAUAAAUUAUUAUUCCACUCAUAUCCCAUCUAUUUUAAAUGAUAUAUUAGUAAUUUCAUUAUUAUCAUAUCUCUUCUUUUCUACUCUC